AUGAGGCUAGAGGAGAUGGUUUUGGCGGGCGCAUAUGUAUCUGGGGCGGUGUGUAUCGUGCUUUUGACGCUAACUAUCAGCUGGCUCGUUGUAUGGAAAUGUGUUCUGGCCAAGAUGCCGUUCAUCCAGGAGUUAUUUGACCUUAAACCCAAGACGCAGACUGUGCUCGAGGAAAAGUCCAUUUCCUUUCAGGACCGAUACCAAGCAUACAAGCGGAAACGGCACGCGACGAGAAUCACUUAA